GGUUCAUAAUGUCACUUACUCGGUUUUCGAAGCUUCACCUUCCGUUCCACACCCGAACCACAGGUCCGGAGUUCCGUUGGGUCAACCGUGGGGCCCAUCCAAACCACAGGCGCGUAUCUUCGUAGUGGAAAACACCGAAGACGAGGCACAGGUUCAGACUCCCAACCUCUUCCAUAGCAAUUCCAACACACAUCCGUAGUGGAAUUUCCCGCUCACUUACACCCACUGUCGCUUUCUUUGUCUCUGCCGAAUAAAACUUGUGUCUUUGUUGAAUACGCUCUCAGCUUGUCUCUCGAAUGCGUUUUCUUUGUUGCACUUCUUCGAUACAAUGGCUAGGAGUUGGCUUAUUGACAUUGGAGGAUUUGCAAAGAAAGUGAAAAGCACUACUCUAUCUUCAGCUGAUCAAAUCAAGGAUUGUGGGGCAUAUCGUGAAUGUCCAAACUGUUCUUAUCAUAUUGAUAACAGUGAUGUUUCUACUGAGUGGCCUGGGUUUCCUCUUGGUGUAAAGUUUGAUCCUUCUGAUGUAGAACUCUUAGAACAUUUAGCAGCAAAAUGUGGCAUUGGAAACACUAAGCAACACUUGUUUAUCAAUGAGUUCAUCCCAACACUGGAAGGAGACCAAGGUAUUUGCUACACACAUCCGGAAAAUCUUCCAGGUGCUAAGAAAGAUGGGAAUUAUGUCCAUUUCUUUCACAGAACAACCAAUGCAUAUGCUACUGGUCAACGAAAGCGUCGAAAGAUUCAUCAUCAACAGGGUUUGACUGAAGAGCAUGUGCGCUGGCAUAAGACUGGCAAGACAAAAGCUAUAAUAGAAGAUGGAGUACAUAAGGGCUUUAAGAAGAUCAUGGUUAUUUACAUAAGAUCUAGUGAGAAUGGGUCCAAGCCCUAUAAAUCCAACUGGGUAAUGCAUCAGUACCAUCUAGGGACUGAAGAAGAUGAGAAAGAAGCUGAAUAUGUGGUUUCAAAAGUUUUUUAUCAACAGCAAAAGCAGACUGAGAAAAAUGAGGACAAUCCAAUGGCUGGAGAUCCUGCCAAUAUAAUAUCACGAACAAGUCCAAGAACUCCAAAACCAAAUCCCCCCAAUCCGCCUCGUACGGGAAAAUCUGUUGAUUGUGAUGAUAACAUUGAUGAAACUGUACUUCUGUCUGCUGCCCUGGAUACCAAGACAAUCCCUGAAGGAUCACUUGCCCCACAAUCUGAUAUUCAGGAUCAAGACAAUACUGGUGAUGCUGCAUGGUUAGCCGGCGAAUCACAGGCUGAGGAAAACUCUGAAUAUGAUGGCUUGGACGACAUCUUAUUGUGCAACGAGAUCUUAGAUUCUUCUGCUCUGUUGAAUGACUCUGGAUUGGACUACACCAAUCUCGAUGACAUUGCAAGCUAUGCUACACAAAGGGCUAGAAAUGAUAAUGAACCUUGCGGAAUUUCUCUCCUGGAUACACUGGAAUUGGAUACUCCAGAUUUUGAUCUUUCUAGUUUAUAUUUUUGUUCUCAAGACAGUAGUAUUCUUGACUGGAUGGACAGGUUAUGAGGUGCUUCAUGCAUGAAGUUCUUUUAGGUACCAAAUCCAGAAGUUGUUCCAUUCAAUCGCCUGGCUAGUCCUUCAAUUGAUGUGGUUUUUCUUCUUCUGGAUGCAGCAAAUAUAAUGUAUGAAACUUAGGUUGCCAUCAUGUGAUGCUUCAUGCUAGUAAGUGGAAAUACUACUGCCUUUGGUUCCUCAACUCAUGCAACUUUUUUGUCAUAUCAUGAAGUUAAGCUCCCAUCUAGCUAUAGCUGGAAGGAGCUUUUGCCUUCUUCAUGUGGAGGUUAUUUGUGUGAGAAAUUGUUUUUGGAGGUGUAUUUUUUUCUUCAUGGCCAAUUUAAACUUGUGCUUUGGCUCAUUAUGUCAGCCAUGAAAAUGAUUACUUCUUUGGUGGUAAAAUCCGAAAUGGUGUAGUUGAUUCUGAACUAUAUGUACUAGAUAUCAAGAUGUGGUGAGUGUUCUAUGUGAAUAUUGUGAACAUAUAAUUAUUGCGUACAUUUAUGUUCUAGUAUUUGGGCAAAUAUUCUCUACACUAGUAGUUUUAUU